AUGGCUACUACCACAAUUACAGGCAAGAAGAAGCUAGUUUACAAGCAAGAUUCUGAUGGAGUCUUUCGAUUAAAAAGGGCUGAUUCCGACAAUGAUUCAAUAAAAUCGAAGAAAGGUGUUGACGAUUACCUCAACGAGCUAGUAGAGUGCUCCUACAAGGUCCAACAUGAUGUGGAGCAUAAUACGGCCGAGGAAGAGCCCACCACAAGCUUCUCUAAGCCAAUAGUCGAUGACCAAACUCAGAGAGAUAACUCGAGUCGGCCUAAGAAUUCCAAAAUUCCAAAUCGAGAAUCAAGACAAAAACAUCAACAGUCGGACGACCUGAGUUUUAAAACAAAAAUUCUAACACUAGGAGGAAUAACGGAUGCACUAAAUUUCAAGACAGAACAUAUGCAGGGCUUCAGCUUACCUAGUUUUAUAUUUGGGUUUGCCUUAGCUUUUGUAGCUCAGACUUUUCAACCUUUAUUGAUACAUUAUGCUUUUAUAUUGAUGAAUAUUUUAAAAGCGGGAUUACUAUGUGGAGCAAUUAUAGGAAGUAUUUUAUGGUAUUCUGGAUUCUUAAAGCCUGAAGAUCUCAAAAAUUUUAUAAGUGAACUCAGAGAAAGAGUAAGUGGUACUAUCAGUAGUGAGCAAGAACAAGAUGAUGUCCUGGAACAGGUUCCCAAUGUACAUGAGGAGAUACAUAAUUUAGAGAGACAAAGAUUUAGCAGACGUGAGCGAUCUGUGUCGCCUUCGAAGGGGAAGAGAAAUGUCCUAACAAGAGUAGCACCCUUUAGGCCACUGGUUGUUCGCUCGGAGCAGAAAUAUAAAAGUACAUCUGACUUACCAGGAGAUAAUAGGAUGCAUAUGGCACCGAAGCUCAGUAGAGUACAAACCGAUUUUAGGAAUUAUACAAGACGGGGAUCUUCAUUCUUGUCGGAUAGACGACAUUCGAAUAGUUCUGGUGACUCUGUAGGAAAUUCUUCUAGUCUUAACCUGUUAGAAUCAGUGAACAAAAAACUACCUCCAAACCCAUCGGAACUCGAAGAGCUACCGUUUAUUAAUGAAAUCAAACUUAUGAAUAGCGACGACAUGGACACACUAGAUGAAUUGCCCAGAUUUUCGAACGAUCUUAAAAGAAACACGAGCAUUAUGAGUAAAAAAUCAGUUCUAGGAACAAGAGCAAACUAUAGUAAGUUUCUUGCUAAUGCCAGCGGAGAAGAUUGA